CUUUUCGUGUUAUCGAUGGCUGUUGCAAAAUAUAACAAAUUCCCUCAAUUUACCUAAAUUUUACUGCAUUUUUGCGAUGCUAUUGCCAGCGGACCGCUUGGAGCAAUACAAAGCGAGCUUGGAGCAGCAGCUAAAGCACUUGGCCACCAGCAUAAGGAGCUAUCUAUGCCUUAAGUCUGCGACGACGCCUGAAUUGUCGAAUAAAGCGAAUCGGUUGUGGGAAUUGGGCCAACGUUAUCAACUGGUCAAGGGUUCCAAUCAAGCUGCCACAGUUGCGCUACUUUCGGUGUGCCAGGAUGUUUACCGUAGCCUGCAGGACAGCAUAUCGAAACUGGUUUCUGAGCUAGGGCAGAUAUCCGCCCAUGUAAUUGACUUCGAGAUUGAGUGCCUUCACCUAAAUAAUGAGCAGCAGCAAACCAAAAUACCUGCGGCAUUGAUGGAAUUCAGAAAUUUCCUGGAGGAAUCGCUGAAACUGCUGCAGAACCAGGUCAAAUACCUAGAGCUUCAUCUUAGUCAGCUGCAACCCAAGUUUUCCGCACCCGAAUCCUCUUUGGAGGCCUUCAAAUCCGAUCUCCACCUGUCGGAACCUGCAGAAGCACGCAUUACCCUUGGAUUAGCCAAAAUCGAGAGACUGGCCAUCUUUCCGCUGACUUUGUAGGGAAAACCAGGCAUAUUCCUUAAGGAACAUAGAAACAUAUGCAUCUCAGUGGUUUUAAAUGAUAAGUUGCUAAACGAUGUUGUAUAUUAACUAACUGAGCUAUUGACUUUUAUUCUAAAUAUUUUACGUAUAUUUUCAUUGCAGCUCCAGCAGUUUAAAUAUUUAAGCUAUUUUUUAUACAAAAAGUAAUGCGCAUUGAUUAAAACAAAAUUAGUACUCUUCU